UGGAUAGUGUAUAUGUGUAGUAACAAAGACAGAUUUUCUUUGAGAGUUUCGUCUUUUUCACAAUAGCUGGAUCCCAAUGACGGAAUAUAAAUUGGUAGUUGUCGGUGCUGGUGGCGUUGGAAAGAGCGCUUUAACCAUUCAGUUAAUUCAGAAUCAUUUUGUUGAAGAAUAUGACCCAACAAUAGAGGAUUCCUACAGAAAACAGGUGGUGAUAGAUGGAGAGACAUGUCUGUUAGAUAUUCUAGACACAGCAGGUCAAGAGGAAUACAGUGCCAUGCGAGACCAGUACAUGAGGACGGGGGAGGGCUUUCUAUGUGUGUUCGCUGUUAACAGUACAAAGUCAUUUGAGGACAUCAACCAGUAUAGAGAACAGAUUAAGCGAGUUAAAGAUGCUGAUGAAGUUCCCAUGGUGUUGGUGGGUAAUAAGGUAGACCUACAGUCAAGGUCAGUGGAGGGUAAACAAGCCAAGCAGGUGGCAGACAGUUACAACAUCCCCUACGUAGAAACCUCAGCCAAAACGAGGCAGGGCGUGGAUGAUGCUUUCUACACCCUCGUCAGAGAAAUCAGGAAAUUUAAAGAGAAGAAGGGAAAUAUUAAGAAAGGGAAGAGGAAGUUAUGCCGAUUGUUUUGAGUUCUGUGAUUUCAACCUUCCAUUUCUUUGUCUGCAGUUUGUGAUGCAAUAUACAGCUCACUCCAAAAUCACUUCCAGUACUGGUCAGGAAAAUUCACUUCCAUGUCAGCUUGUAGAGAAUCAAACAAAAUCAUCCCACUCCUCUAUAUUUAUUGGUACAAGCUGUAAAAAAGUAUAUUUAAUUUUUUUUUCUGUGGAAUUUUAUAAACAGCAUAUUGAUUUGAUAAUAAUUAUAUGUGGAAUAUUUCAUUUUUGAUUUACCUGUAUGGUUAUUUUUUUUCUAAAUACUGCAUUUCAUACUGUAUUUCCCGUUUUCCACUCUGAUUAGUAUAUUUGUAGUUAAUUUCAUUUGUAGUGGCAUUGGUUUUCAGGAGUAUACAUAUAUGCCUCAUUAAUGCCAAGCAAAUGUUAUUUUGUUAAUUUAUAAAACUGCUUCUAUACAUAGCUAGAAUGCGUCCGUGAUUGGACUUUAUAAGCAGUGGCUAUGUUUUAUUCUCAUUUUAUUAUUUGGGUGUUUUUUUUUUAAUCUUGACUUAUACAUGUAACUGCAUUUAAAAGUCAUGUUAAACAAUUUAUUUAUCACUGUAUUGGCAUAUUAUAGCAAUUUUCAUGUUUGUGAUUGUGGUCUGAUUUUUUUUUAUCAAUAGUGUACUCACUAUAAAAAUUUCAAUGAAAAAGUUUAUUAAAACCGAAUUAUUGACUUUCAUUUAAUGUCAGUAACUGAUUAUAAAUUGUUGAAUAUAAAUAUAAGUCAUGAUGAUUUAAUGUUUGAAAAAAAUCAUGAACAUGUAAUUUAAAUCUAUGUAAUAGAGAUUUUUUUUUUAAAAAAAGUAAGAAUUAUUUGUUAGUUAAUUUUGAUUCAGGAAUGAAUCGUAUAAAAAACAUAUGUGGUUAAUAUUUAUAAGAUGUAUGACUGUCUCUACUAAUUGUAAACAUGAUUUUAAAAAUGAUUUAGAUUCAUCAUCCCUAUGCUCACACAUAAAAUUUUGCUUUAAAGCUAAUGAUAAAAAAAUCUAAUCUAUAAAUUAAAAUACUUAUAAUUUCAGCAUACGAUGUGGGGCAAAGUUUGACAGAAAUGGCCUUUUAAUUCAGCAAUUUUUUAAAUGGAGAAUAGUUGUUUAUCCCAUUGAGAGUUAUCUCUCUUAGUAGAGGGUCAGUGAACCUUAAGUCAUCACAUUUUUAUUAAUUGAAUGAAUAUAUUCUAUUUAAAUCAUACAAUGCAUAUGUAAGUGUAAUGCUAAUCUAUAUGUUAAUAAAUUAUGAAUAUAAAUUUUUACCGUUAAUAUUUUUAGAGGUUGCUGUAUGAGGAGCCUAUGCUGUAAAAAUUUUUGUCUGCUAUGAAGAACAUUUCCAUUAUAUAGUUCAAUAAGCAGCUACUAGUUUAAUUUGAUAUCUUUUUUACCAAGGUAUGGGGUGAAAUAACAGACAUGUUGGUAAUUUUUUCUAAGAGCAGAGAAUAACCUGAAUGUUCCAAAAACUAUACAUAGUAAUGUGUGCUAUGUUCCAGCAUAUAAAUGAAGUAAUAUUUCCUCUGUAUUUUGAGUUGGUCCAUCCAAAGAUAAGUAAUGGCUAGUUUGUAAGGCAUUAACCAAUGAAUAAGGAUAUAAUGUUCUGUAGAUUUAGCUAGUGAGUGGGUCAUGUCAUGGAACAGUAGCCAUGCUUCUGCUACAGUAGCAAAAUUUGUUAUAUUUAAUAUCAAGGGAGGUAAAUAGAAAUGAAAAAAAAAUGUAUCAGUAUGUUUAUUUCACUGUUUUUUGAAGGAUUUUUUUGAUCUGUAUUGAUGGUACAUGUAUAAUGGAUUUAGACGGUUGUGUUGGUAUUUAUUGAGCUUGAGCUCCGUUUCUCGGAAGCUUGAUGUACUAACAAUACCUUAAGAAAUCAAUAAUUAAGUUUAUUUUUUUUUCUCUGUAUGUAAUUAAUUGGUACUUAAUUGGUACUUGAAUGUACAAGAAUGCUUCGAGUAUGAUGUGCUUCAAUUUGAUAAGUGUGACCCCAGAUUCAGUAACUCGGAUGUUAAGGUGAAAUAACCACUGCUUGGGACUGCAAAAAAUUCGCGUUGCAGCAAGCUGUCUUAACGUCGUGGUUGAAUUUUUGGUUAGAACAGAACUACAGCAGGGUUAUCCUGUAUUUACAGUUAUCUAAAAAUGUUUUCAUAAUCUUAUUAAAAAUUGUAUAAGUGUAAUUGUUUCUACUUUAUUAAAAUGUAGUGAAGGA